GCAAACAGCUGUAAACUCCAGCUCCUCUCCCCCGCUCGGCUCCCACUGCGAUUCCGCCCAAAACGCCAAAGGCUCUGCACUUUCUGCCCCCCUCCUCCGAGAUCCCAUCCAUGGCGGCGGCCUCGGCGUCCCGCCUCCGGAUCUAAAACCCCCACACAGCCAUUGCGGGGUCUGUGAGCGGCGCCCCGACAGCUGCACGGGUCGCGGCAGCCGACCCGGUUCGUUGCCUUGCAAGAUUUGCUUUGCCGCUGCGUGUCCUGGGUGGGUGGCGGGUAGUGGGUUUACUUCUCCCUGGUCCGUCCAUGGUUCCUUGAAAUGGGUGUCUAAGCGAGGGGGGUCGGCGCUACGGACUGCCUGCUGCCGCCAUGUGGAAGCAGUUCCUUGGUAAGCUAUCGGGCAAGUCGCCGAAAUCCGGCGGAGGCGGGGGCUGGGGAUCUCCGCCGCCCAAGUCCCCAACGUCGUAUGACGUGAAUGGGAGGCAGUGGGACUCGAUGCGGGCGUCUCCUCCGCUCGCAGCUAUCGCCGGAGCGGAGGGGGAGACAAGGGAGGACGUGUUCCUCCGGAAGCUGAACGUCUGCUGCGUGUUGUUCGACUUCUCCAACGACCGGGGCCGGGACUCUCCGGAGAGGGAGAGAAAGCGGCAGGUGCUCAUGUCUCUCGUCGACUGCCUCGGCACGGCGGAGGAGCCCCUCACGGAGGCGAUGGUCUCGGCCUGUGUGCGUAUGUUCGCCAUCAACCUGUUCAGGGUCUUCCCGCCCAAGGUCCGGCCAGGCACCGGGGCAGCUGCCGAGGCCGACGAGGACGAUCCGUUCUUUGACCCCUCAUGGUACCACUUACAGGUCGUGUACGAGCUGCUCCUACGGUUCGUCACCUCUCCUGUCGUUGAUGUGAAGGUGGCUCGCAAGUACAUGGACAAUUCGUUCAUCUCUAGGCUGCUUGAUUUGUUAGAUUCCGAUGAUCCUAGAGAAAGGGAUUGCCUGAAGACAGUAUUGCAUAGGAUAUAUGGAAAAUUCAUGGGUAAUCGGCCCUUCAUCCGCAAGGCUGUGAGCAAUAUCUUCUAUAGGUUUGUAUCCGAGGCUGAUCGUCACAAUGGGAUUGCCGAACUCUUGGAGGUGUUUGGGAGUGUGAUUAGUGGGUUUGCGAAACCACUGAAGGAGGAGCAUAAGUUAUUUCUGUGGAAGGCAUUGAUUCCUCUUCAUAAACCGAAGACAGUGGGCAUGUAUCUGCCGCAGUUGACAUACUGCAUUACACAGUUUAUUGACAAGGAACCAAAGCUCUCAGGGACUGUGAUCAGAGGCCUGUUGAAGUACUGGCCAGUGACGAACAGUCAGAAGGAGAUGAUGUUCUUGGGGGAGUUGGAGGAGGUGCUGGAAUUGACAGAAAUGCCUGAAUUCCAGAAGUGCAUGGUCCCAUUGUUUCGGAGGGUUGCACACUGCUUGAAUAGCUCUCAUUUUCAGGUUGCUGAAAGAGCCUUAUUCCUGUGGAACAAUGAGCACUUGUUCGGUUUGAUCUCUCAAAACCACCAAGUUAUCUUGCCAAUCAUAUAUCCAGCUCUCGAAAGGAAUGCUCGUUUGCAUUGGAACCAAUCGGUUCUGAAUGUUACAAUGAAUGUCAGGAAAAUGUUCUUUGACAUGGAUCAGAAGCUGCUGUUGGCUUGUCAGAAAAAUUUCCAAGAGGAGGAAGAGAAACGAGCCGCAACUGAGGAGCGGAGAAGGCUUAUAUGGGAGCACCUUGAGAGGAAUGCCGCAUUCCAUCCAGUAACCAGAGACAUCAGCUUUGCUGCUUUUCCUAAACCCGCUCCUCUGGUAGCUCCAACUAUGACAUAAUAUAUGUGUGUUCAAAUGUACUUCAUUCCACUCCAUUUAUAGCACUAUGGGUGCUGUGCAGGGCAUUUUGUCAACUUUGUCUCCCCCCCCCCCCCCCCCCUCGUUUCAAAGUCUGUAAUUAAUAGUUUCUUAUUUGAGGACGAACCUUGAUUCUUUCAUGGUGUAUUCUCAAGUGAUGGACAUUUCUUUCUUUGACAAGAUAAUGCCCAAUUCUAGUCAAUUGUUCUGUGAAA